AUGGCACAUUCUUCUCGUCUUACUAGUCAAGGUGACCUUCUCAACGAUGAAGAUGCCUCCUCCUACCAAAGACUCAUUGGUCGCUUCAUAUAUCCCACAAAUACCAGACCCGACAUCACAUUCUCUAUUAAUAAUCUCAGCCAAUUUGUCUCAUCUCCUACCACCCUUCAUCAGCAAGCUGCUCACCGCAUUCUCAGAUAUCUCAAGGGCAGUCCUGGCAAUGGAAUCCUCCUCCAAAGCAACAACACCAAUAAGCUCAAAGGCUAUAGUGAUUCUGAUUACUCCAUUACUUCGACAACUCCAUCAUUUCUUGGAAGUCCAAAAAACAACAGACCGUUUCCAGAAGCUCUUUAG